AUGGCGACCCCUACCAAGACCUUCCCUAUAUGCGGCGUGGCAUAUGUGGGACAAAUCGAGCACGAGUAUAUGCACGGCAAGAAACUCUCCGUCUGCGCGAACUGCUUGGCUCUGGGAUUCCAGAAGCCUCUGAGGCGAUGCCAGGGCUGUUUGUUGGUUGACUACUGCUCCAAAGAAUGUCAAAAAGCCCACUGGCGCAAGCACAAGUCGUUUUGCAACAUGGUCCAGGGUAAAGGAGAUCCGAAUGCCUACCUCUCAUCAUACACCCACGACGAAGUUCUGCGACUCGUCAUUGAUGCCUAUCGCUUGAGAGUCGAGACAGACCACCUAUCUCGAGACGAGGAUCAUGGCAUCUACUACCCGGGGAAACCCAUCGACGGCCUAGUCUGGGCCAAGGGAGACGGUGAGCACCACUUCCUCAAACCCCCGAAUAUCCUGCUAGGGCUGUUGUUGAUUCUGUGCACCAUAGCCAGUGAUGACUUCCAACGAUUUCUCGAUUUGGCCGAAGACUCGAAGAUCUUACCCAAAUGGUGGACGUUUGAGGACCGAAUGCAAUGUCUUUCCCUGGCUAUUGACAAAAAUGAUCCCGAGUCAAUAUUUCGCCCAAUCAAUCAGACCGAGCUCCCUCAAAGGUAUGAAGGUGAUAUGGCGAUCCGUUUGGCGCUCGCUAUCCUUGCCGAGAUGUGUGUCGGAUAUGAUGGCAAGGGACCGGCGAAGGAUGAUACGUGGUUCCAGGAGUUCCAGGAAUUCCUUGACCUUCAUCCAGAGGAACGAGCCCGCCUAAUCAGAGGGAGUAUUGAAAUGGUGGACUCGGUGCUGAAAGAACAUGGAGAAGAGUUUGCACAAAAGCCGAAUUGA